AGCCGCUUCUUUUCUUCAGAUCCGUGAAUUGUGUGGCGAGGUUAAGAAUUAGUUCCAAUAAUCAUCGUCAGCAGCUGAUGGCGUGUGGUGACACUUUUGUUUUGACAUUUCUAACAAAACAUUUCUAAGUUACACAAAACAAGAAAUAAAUAAUGAUUAAGAUAUUGACGCGAUGAAUCAUCAUAUAUAUCAUAACUUGAUUGUAACUUUUGAUAUAUUUUUUCUGUGAUGAAAAGGUUACAUUUCAAUUAGUUAGCUUAUCUUUAAAUGCCACGUUUAGAAAAUCAUAAAAUUUUAACGAAACAAAAAUGUUGGAGAAUUGGGAGGAUAUAACAUUUGCAAAUGUCGCUGGAUGGAUUGCAUCAGGUGCAAUGAUUUUUGGUGGUGUUGUGCCAUAUAUUCCACAAUAUAGACAAAUUAAAAAUAAAGAAGAUCCUGAGGGUUUUUCACUUUAUGUUUGUUUAGCUCUAUUAAUUGCCAAUACUCUGCGGAUCCUUUUCUGGUUUGGAAAACGAUUCGAAUUGCCUUUAUUAUUACAAAGUAUUCUUAUGAUUAUCACAAUGCUUCUAAUGAUUAGGCUGUGUAUUAAUAUCCGUGCCAAAAAUCAAAUUAUAAAAUCCAGAGAAAGAGUUUUUACUGAUUUGGACAUUAAAUUCUUUUGGAAAUGGACAGACUUCCAAUCGUAUCUCAACUUUAUCCUGAUCUUUGGAAUGAUUUGUGGAGCUUUAAUGUAUUUCUUCGUGGAUGUUCUUAUUUUCGUUGAGAUAGUGGGAUUGUUGGCUGUAUUAACUGAAGCAAUGUUAGGCGUACCUCAAUUUAUACGCAAUUGCGGUAAUAAGUCAACGGAAGGCAUGAGUGUUGUGAUGGUGUUGAUGUGGACAUGUGGCGAUACAUUUAAGACUUGUUAUUUUAUACAUCGCGAUGCACCAAUUCAAUUUGGAAUUUGUGGAGCACUACAAGUGUUAAUUGACGUAUCAAUAUUAUUACAAGUCUAUCUUUACCGCACUAAUUCAAAUAUAUCGAGAAAUGUUACUCGGACAGAUUGAAUCGAGAUGCCAAGCAGAGAGUCUGCAUUGUUACCAAAUGAAAUACCUGAAGUCGAAAUAACGAAUCCCGAGACUAAUGUUGAUUCAUCUUAAUUUAAAAAGGAAAAAAAAAAGAAAUUAAGAUAAUUAAUCAAUAUUAUAAAUAUGCCUCGUUUAAGCGGCAUUUUGUAAUAUAACAAAAAAAAAAAAACAAAUUCUGUUUUUUUUCUAACUAUUGUGACAUACGGUUUCCAAUUUUAAUUUUUAUAUAUGUAUUUUACAUAUAUAGACUCCAAUUUUAUUUUAGGAAAUCUAGUCUACCAAUUAAUAUAUAUAUAUAAAUAUUAGGUAUAAAAACUUUUUUUAAACGCUUUUCUCAGUUAAUUGAUGUAAGAAGAAAAAAAAAAUAUCCUUCUAGAUAUUUCUAGAAAUAAAUUUUAAGAAAUGUCAUAAUAUUUGUGAUAAAGCACAAGGAUGCAAUUGUUUUUAAAUGAUUUCUUGGACUUUAAGAAAUCUUGUGAAUUUAGAGUACGUCUUAUAUGCAUUUAAACUUUUAGAUAAAUUGUCUUUAGGUAUUAAAAACGAAUAAAUAUAUAUAUAAAUAUUUAUAUUGUAAUUAUUAAAAAAUAUAUUUAUUAUUUAGCACUUUUAAUUUUUUUUUUUUGACAUUUAAUGUAUUUAAAUUACUAUCUUUUUAUUGUAAGAAUUUUUUUUAGGUCAAAUUUUUCUGUUUUACUCUUUUUAUUGAUUGUGAUUAAUAAAAUAAUUAUUAAUUUACAAUAUAAUUAUUUUAUUUUUAAAUUUAAAAAAAAAAAAAUCGCGCCAUCUUUUGGUGUAUUUUCGAAUUACUAUUUAAACAUAACCUCUAAACGAUAAAAACAUAAACAGAGAAAAACGUCAAAAAAAAAAAGAUCAUUUGCUUCAUUUAAUUAUAAGAUUAUAAUCAAACUAUUUUUUUUUUUUA